AUGCCAAAACUUGAAAUCAGGGCGACUGGAUCAGGAAACUAUACAACGCAAACAAUUUUGGUAAAUCUAAAAGAAGUUGCCAAAGCUUUAUACCGUUCACCAUUGUAUAUAAUAAAAUAUUUUGCUUAUGAAUUAAGUACAAGUAUACAUGUUAAAUCAGAUCUAUAUAUUAUCAAAGGAGUUUAUAGCCAAGAGAAAUUUCAAGAUUUAUUAGAUGGUUUUAUAAAACAAUUUGUGCUUUGUCGAUAUUGCGAAAAUCCCGAAACAGAAUUGAAUAAGACUGAUAAUGAUGAAAUUACUCAAACAUGUUGUGCUUGUGGUAAAACCAAGAGAAUUGGAAUAGACUCUCAUAGAUUAGUUAAAUUUAUUUUAAGAAAUUGGUCGGAAAAUGAUAAAUACACGAAUAAAUAUGAUCCAAUCACAAAUCAAAUUUUUGAAGAUGAACAAAUCAACGAUGAUGAUUUGACUUCAUCUACGAUAGAUUAUGAACAAUUUAUUUCUUUAAUUCAAAAGAAGAACUUAAAUGAUUCAAAUUCAAUUGACGAAUUAAUAAAUGAAGCAAAAAAACUGAACAUGAUUGAUAAACUUCCAUUUGAUAUUGCAAAAGAUUUAUUUACUGAUGAUAUUCUAGAAGAAAUUGAUACAUAUGAAAUGUUAUUUCAUCAAUUAUGUCAAAAUAAUAAUGAAGGACAAGAGUCUCUCUUAAAUGGUAUUGAAGUCAUCAUCAAUAGAAAUCGUGAAAAAUUACUAAAUAAUAAAAGAAUUUCAAAAAUAUUCUAUAAACUUUACGAUAAAAAUAUUAUAACUGAAGAAACAUUCUUAAAUUGGUACGAAAAGGAAUCAAAACAACUUAUUCAAAAACAGGUUGAAAUAGAUAUUUAUGAAUAUGCAAAAGAAUUUAUCGAAUGGUUACGUACAGCUGAUGAAGAACUUUCAUAA